CGUCUCGGGGGCGGCAGGGGGGAUUUGGGGAAGGCCUGGCCCGCUCGCCCGCCUCUAAGUGGGCAGCUCCCUGCUAGGGCGGAGCGGGCGCGCAGCGGCGGCGGCGGGCUGCGGGGGCCCGGCCGGCCGUCGGCCGGCAUGUGGGGCAGCGGCAAUCCCGGCGGAGGCGGAGCUGGAGCUGCCGCGGUGACGGUCGUCCUGAGCGGGACCCGGGACUGCUUCCUGCACUUGCCUCCCGAGCUGGCCUCUCACCUCCGCCUGCAGCAGGGCCAAGCUGUGAAAGUAUCCUGUGGUCAUCAGCCUGUAUUUUUGAGCUGGAUGGAAAUCAGGCAUCGAGGUCACCAGGGUGAAAAUAUUGCAGAGAUUAACAGACAGUUGGCAGAAAAACUUGGCAUUACAGAUGGAGAACAGGUAUUUCUUGAACCCUGCUCCCACGUCUCCUCCUGUCAGCAAGUAGAAGUGGAACCACUCUCAGCAGAUGAUUGGGAAAUUCUGGAACUGCAUGCUUCCUCUCUUGAAAAACGUCUUCUUGACCAGAUUCGAAUAGUAUUUCCAAAAGCCAUCUUUCCUGUAUGGGUUGAACAGCACACUCACGUUUACAUCAAAAUCGGUACACUUAUGCCAGCAGCCUCCUAUGGGAGAUUAGAACCGUGCACGGAGCUUCUGAUACGUCCCAAAACACGUGAACUUGAGGAAGAUAUCACCAGCACACCUUCCACAAAAAGUGACAUCUUGCUUAAAAGUUUUGUGAAAAAUAACAUGGAGCAAGAAGAAACAGUAAAGGAUCCUUUUGCCAAACAACCUUACUUAAAGCCAGGAGUCCUUGAACAGAGUAAGGCUGAUGCAAACAUGACGUUUGGCUCAAAUGUUCUCCCAAAUAUGUGGAAUUUCAUAGGGAGCAUUUUCUCUCAUACAUCUGAGCAGAAACAAAAGACUUUGUGUGAUAAAGAUGAAAUGAGCACCUUCAAAGACAAGCUGAUGAACUUAAUUCACAUGGAUUCCAUUUUUAGAGUAUGUCAGUCCCAGCCUCCCAGCGUACAGAAUGCAUCUGCCACUUAUGCAUUUCUGAAAUGCAAUGCUAUUCAUGUUUUUCCAUGGAAUUUAGAAUUUAUUGAUUUGGAUCCAAAUCCUGUAGUAACUUUCGGGAAAAUUAAUGAGCUGCUUUCCCCAAGACAGCGUCAUCAAGAAGCAAAGCAAAAUCUGCCAUUUGAAAAGCAAAAGCAUUUGACUAGUACGCAAGAUAAAAAUAAUUCUAAUUCUGAUAGCAGUCAAGCAUCCAGUGAGGGAUCUGUUGUUCAAAUCGUUUGGAAUGGAUUUGAAGACCUAAAGAGUGUCAUAGAGUAUGGCCACAGUGGGGAACCCCUACAUGUUGGAAGAGUUUGGAUUCCAGAUGGUCUGAGAAAAAAACUGCGUAUCGAAAUACACUCGACAGUCCGAAUUAAGUCAGUUGAAUCUAUUCCUAAAAUUCCUGUAUCUCUUAUACUCCAACCCAAACAGAACUUACAUAAAGAUACACAUGAAGAUGAUGUUAAAUCUGCUUUCAGUUCUUGGUUGCAGAAUUCCACUACUGAUGAUCACCCAUGGAUAAUGACAAGCAGAGACUGUAUACAUCUGUCUGUUAAAGAAGGAAUGGAGGAGUUUGUCCUUAGUGUAGUGCAUCCUGCACACAUUGAAGAAAAUAAGUCUGAGAAUAUUUUUAUACUGAGUCCCAGUUUGCUGCAAAAGACUAACAUACAAGUUCUUUUACAUCCUCUAACUAGAAAAACUGAUGGUGACAGCCAGCCACCUAUGUGUGAUACAGACAGGAACCUUCCUUACCACAAACUAAAUGAUUUAGGAGGAGUGGACAAAGUAGGAACAUCUUCCUUUGAACACAUAAGCCACAGUCUUCUGGGGCGUCCUUUAUCUCAAAAGCUUGCUGCUAUUUCUGUGGGACUGCGAAGUGGAGGGGUGCUUCUCACAGGAGGAAAGGGAAGUGGAAAGUCAACAUUAGCAAAGGCCAUCUGCAAAGAAGCAUUUGAUAGACUGGAUGCUCAUGUAGAAGUAAUUGAUUGUAAAGCUUUAAGAGGAAAAAGAUUAGUAAACGUAAGGAAAAUUGUGGAAGAAGCUUUUUUAGAGGCAGCAUGGAGACAACCAUCCAUUCUUUUGAUGGAUGAUCUUGAUCACAUUGUUGGAGUACCUUCUACACCAGAACAUGAGAACAGUCCUGAAACCGUUCAAAGCAAUAGACUUGCUUAUGUUUUGAAAGAUCUGAUAAAAGAAAUUAUUUCCAUGGGGAGUUUGAUUGCAUUAAUUGCCACAAGUCAGUCUGAACAUUCCCUACAUCCUUCCCUGGUUUCAGCUCAAGGAACUCACAUAUUUCAGUGCUUCAAAUGUAUCCGAUCUCCAGAUCAGAAGCAAAGGUGUGAAAUGCUGUAUUCCAUAAUAAAAAAGAAACUGAAUUCUGAUAUAAAGAAGUUCUCUGAUCUUGACCUCCAGUGUAUUGCAAAGGAAACAGAAGGUUUUGUUGCUAGAGAUUUUACUAUGCUGGUUGAUCGUGCCAUUCAUGCCUGUGUUUCCAACCAGAAUGCAUUUCAAAAUGGUGAAUUGAAUCUGUCAACUAUGGAUUUUCAGAAAGCUCUAAAAGAUUUUACUCCAUUAGCUCUGAGAAAUGUCAACCUUCAUAAACCUAAAGACAUUGGCUGGGACAGGAUUGGUGGCUUAAAAGAUGUGAAGCAAAUACUCAUGGAUACCAUCAUGUUACCUGCAAAGUAUCCAGAAUUAUUUGCAAACCUGCCUGUACGACAGAGAUCAGGAGUCUUGCUGUAUGGAGCACCUGGAACAGGAAAAACACUGUUAGCAGGAGUAGUUGCUCGAGAGAGUGGAAUGAAUUUCAUUAGCAUCAAGGGACCAGAGCUGCUCAGCAAAUACAUUGGAGCAAGUGAGCAAGCAGUUCGAGAUAUCUUUAACAGAGCUCAGGCAGCUAAGCCUUGUAUCGUUUUCUUCGAUGAGUUUGAUUCUAUUGCUCCUCGCCGAGGUCACGACAACACAGGAGUUACCGACCGAGUGGUUAACCAACUGUUGACUCAGUUAGAUGGUGUGGAAGGCUUACAAGGGGUUUAUGUGCUGGCUGCUACUAGUCGCCCAGACUUGAUUGAUCCUGCUUUGUUAAGGCCAGGUCGACUGGAUAAGUGCCUGUACUGUCCACCUCCUGAUCAGAAUUCACGCUAUGAAAUCUUAAAUGCUCUCAGUCAUUCCCUGUCCUUGGCAAACGAUGUGGACUUUCAGGAUUUGGCAGCAAAAACAGAACGGUUCACAGGGGCUGACCUAAAAGCUUUAUUGUACAAUGCCCAAUUAGAGGCAAUCCAUACUAAUUUAGGUUCAGGUUUAACACAGGAUUUUGGUUCUAGUUCUGAUAGUGACUUCAGUCUCUCUUCCAUGGUUUUUCUAAACCACAGCAGUGGCUCAGAUGAUUCAGCAACAGAUGGAGAAGCAGGGCUAGAGCAAUCUCUUAUUUCUUUAGAGAUGUCUGACUUGCUUCCUGAAGAUCCAAGAUCCAACAUGUAUCGUCUUUAUUUUGGAAGCUCUUAUGAAUCAGAGCUGGGAAAUGGAACUCCUUCAGAACUGAGCUCUUUGUGUUUGUCUGGACCAAACUCCGUAACUCACGAUUUUACCAGUGUGACUCAGAGAGACACAGCAUCAUCACAACCUUCAAUGCUUAGAACAGCUUCUCAAGAAGACUCCCUGGAAAAUAACCAGGAGCAGCAAAUAGAGCACCUGAGGACAGAAAUCAAUGCUGUUAAAGCUAAUUACAGAAGCAAGAAUGGAGAGGACAGCACCCUUAAUCAGUCAGUGCUUGCCAAGAACGCUUUCAUUAUUACCCAGUCCCAUCUGAUGACUGCACUUGAGGGUAUAAGACCAUCCAUUAGCCAAGAUGACUGGAAGAAUUUUACUGAACUGUAUGAUAAUUUUCAGAAUCCCAAGAAGAGAAGAGGACAAGUUGGCUCAACAUUCAGACCAGGACAAAAAAUCACUUUAGCAUAGUGACUUGUUUUUGCUUGUAAUUGCUAAACUGUAACUGGAAAUGACAAAUGUGAUUAAAUCAGAUUAUUUAUAUUCAUAUGGAUUUAUUAAUGCGGCAGUUGAAGAUAAGUUUCUUUUAAACUUACAUACUGUAAAAUUAUGUCACAUUUUAUUUUGAAGAAAAUCAUCUUCCUUCAGAUUGAUAUUAAAUUUUUGAGAGAACAUUGGUUACGUUCUGUCCAGUUGUUUAUCACAUAAAAUUUUAAAUUUUGCUUUUUUUAGCAAUAUAGUUGCCAAAGCCUAACAGUGAUUUCCUGUCCCUGUUUAUCUCCUCACAACAAAUAGAUUCUGUUUGAAUAAACUGUAAUAUCUAAUGGUGGAAAUAUUUUUAAAAAAUUCUAUAAAGCCAUUCUCUAAUGGCCUUUGGAGGGCUUAGGGAAGGGUGGUACUUCAUAUGUUUAUUGGUAGGCAACUAGACCAAUACUUCCAGAAUAACUAUAGCAAAAAAAAAAUUAAGACAAACCAAGAUAAUUGUAUCUUGUUUUCUGCCACUGUUUAUUAUUCAGAAGAAUAUCAAGUUGCAUUUCACAACAACUGUAUCUUCUUAUCACCAUCUUUUCUUCUUGGAGACUGUUCAAAAACGUCUCUGAUGUUUGGAAGCUUUCUAAUGUACAUCCUGAAGCUAUUCACAACUACUGUCUUACAUGAAGAUUAUUAAAGAGUUGUCUUCCUUGGCUGAUACAUAGAUAAGCAGGUCUUAACAGAAGGGGAAGGAAGGAAGGAAGGGGCAGGAAGGGAAGAAAACUAGAGAUGUUUCCCACAAGUCUAUACCACCCUUUCACAACAUUUUACCAAUACUGGGAGGUUCUGCUUGGUUGGUUUUUCACCGAUCUUCCUUCCCUACUAUUUACCUUCCUGAGCUAAUUAGAAAACAUUGUGCCUUUUUUUUUUUUUUUUUUUUUUUUUUGGUGGUGGUGGUCUUUCAUAGCUGUUACAUGCCUUUUCACACCUGUAUUGCUUUGAGCCAUUGAGCAUUAUUACCCUUUCUGUGAUCAGAUAGUAUGUCCAGGCUUCCUCUGAUCACUUCUUCAGGUACAUUAGUAGUAGCAGCCUUCCUCAAGCUUCUCCUAAAUGUUUGAUUAUAUGGUCCCACUACCUGUUCCAAUUUGUUAUUUCAUUCAUUGAAAUGUAUCAUGCUAUGUCAGUAAUUAGAAGAACACGUCAUAUUGACCAUAUAUGAUAAUUCUGUUCACUGCUGUCUAUUUGUAGUUCCUAUUCCCAGUGCCAGCAAAUAACCCAAAGAAUGUAUUAUUUGUAUGUUUGUUCUUGCAGCCUGGUACAGGUGAAGCCUGUAUACACUACAAGCCUUGAUACACUACAGGUCUUAGCUUGUAGCAGUUAAGAUCCCUGAUUUUCUCAUUUAUGCUGAGCUAUUGCUUUUUACUUAUGCUUAAGUCUUGCUUCAGUAGGUUUUGAAACUGAAAAUCCUUAUUGCAUUACUGCAAAGCUCUACUAUUGUCAAUAUCACUAUGUCAUUAACAUCAUGCUUAUUUUUUACAAGUGGAUAUAUGUUUAUUUAGCAUUAGAGCCAUAUCCUAGAUUACCUCUAACCUUGAGUUCAUCUUUCUUAUAUAAUAGUGUCAUUUCUUUCCUUGUUCACCUUGUUUUAAAUGGCUGUAGAGGUGAAUAUGAAUAGGGGUUGAACAGAUAAGCAAUUUGCUGCAAAGGAGCAAGUUAUUCCCUGUCAGAUGCUCCAUGGUAACUCACAUUUACACUGUGGUAUAUGUAAGGUUCUUUGAGUAAUUUAUCUUUUAACAGAAGAGGGCCAAAAACCAUAGAUAUUAAUGAAAUGCAGCAGCUGGCAAGCUGUAACUAGUUACUCUGCUUUGUUUAUGUGUCAAAACUCAAAAACUUCAUGGGUUUGGGGUUGUUUUUAUUUCCUUUUCCAGGUCCAGUAGUUCAUUUUGGGCAUUUCUAGCCUUCAGGAUGUAGUUUUUUUGUUUAUCAGUUUCUUGUCAUCUUUUUUCCUACGAUUAUUCAUCCAGUGACAUUUUGAGCUCAUUCAAAAUAUUUUUUUUCUCUUCCUUGAGCUUCAAAUUCCAAACAGUUUUCAUCUCUAAUCUAAGGAAAUGUUAUAUUAUCUUCUAUUCAAAUACUUGCAUUUGAAACUUCAGCCCAGUUAAUUUCAUUGAUUAGUUCCUGUAGUUUCUCAGAUAGCUCUGGGAGCUUUUCACUUAUUCUUCUACCUACUGACUUUAAUGAUUUUUCAGUCAAAGGUUCUUUUCUACAACUAGUGCUUCUAUGAGAAGGUGGUCUUCUAGCUCUUUCCUUGCCAAAAUUGUUUAAAGUACAUUGCAGUUUAUUACAUCUUUUAUGUUUGGUAAAGAAAUCAACUAUUACAAAAGCAUCCAGAUUAGCCCAAAUUAGUAGUAGUGUCUGUUCUUUAACUUAUGUCUAGAUAAUGGAUGUACCAGAUUCAUUAAAAAUUGAAAUGAUUUAACCUUCCAAGUAAUGAUAAUCUCAUAAUGCACUGAUACUUAAAUCUGAAAGGACCAGUCAGAGGCCAAUCAUGAUUGUAACAAAGACAGUACAAUAAUCUAUGGAAUUAUCUUCACACUUGGAAUCAUUUAAUUAGAAUACUAUACUUCAGUGCCAAGUAUUAUAUUGUAAAGUUAAAAAGGAAAGUAUGCUUGCUGUAUGUUGAGCUCCUAUCAGUCCCCAACCAAAAUUAGAUACUAUACUGUCACGGAAAACAUUGUUAAAACCCAGGAAGCCUAGGUUCCAAAUCUGCACUCUUCCUUUCUACGUGCAAGGAAUUUCACCAGUGAACUAGCCCAGGUGUGUUAGUUCAUACAUCCCCCUACAUACACAACUUGGACUGAUGCUGUGGGUAACAUCAUUUGAUCCAAGAAAGUAGGUCACUAUUAAUAACUAGUUGCUGUUAGGUGAUCUUUGGUUAUAUUCUGAAUUAUAUUAACAUCUCAUCUUAAAAGACAGUAGACUAUCUAAAUGAAGCCUAGCUAAGAUCUGUUAUACAGGCACCAAGUCCAACAUACAGGGAGCAUAAAGCCUAUAGCUAAAUGGAGGAUAAUCCCUUCUAUUCAAGCGUUGUGCAAGAAACGUCAGCUGGCCUGUGGAGGCUCUUUCACAAGACCCGGUAUUAAGGAGCACACAAAGAGUGAAAAGGAACCAAUAACAAAGUUUGUUUCACGUUCUGUAGGGCAGCCGGGAUUUAGCCGCAACGGCUCAUGAAGAUACCACAGGCAGCCAAUGUCAUGUUUGAGCCUUUUGACCUGUCUUUUCCAGUCUCCUCCAUUAAGUCAAGAACCAAGUAAACUCUGUGUGAAGCAACAACCUAAAGACGGACAAAUUCUGUGCCUCCCAACUAGCUCAUCUGUCAUUCCUACCUCCCGUAAGUGCUACUGAUGUCAGUUUUUCAGGGUAUAUAUUACAGCCCGUAUAAAAGGUUGAUAACCCGGGGUAGCUUUUUCCUUUCACUCCUGUUGUCACCAACAUUGUCAGCUGUCACUGACCUUUUCUCAAUUGCCAACCAGCCUUUCCCCGUAGUCGAGGGACUUCUGAAGAAACAAGUGUUAAAUAUAGAUGUAAACACUUACCCUGUUUCUAACAUGCAAGGGAUUAUUUCACUUUGUUAACAGGAAUUCAGUUUCCACUACUAUCCCAUAAUUUUUCUUAAAAAGUGUUCAGGCAGCUUUUACUCUAAAAAUUAUUUACAUUGAAGCUGUCUUCUUGCAGCUGUGUAGCCAAUAAAUUUUUCAAAUACUGCCUUGGGAAAAAUGUACCUGUUUUGAAGUAAUCCACAAUUCUGGAUUAAGUCUGUUGAUGACUGGAAAAAGUUUCUGGGAAAAAAAAGAGAUAGUGGGUCAAUUCUGCUAAAUGCUGAUUUAAUCAGUGCAAUUAAAUUUACUGAAAGGCUCAUGUGUCUGAAUGUUGAGGGAAUUUGGUAAUUCCUGAUAAUCAAAAUCUGCCAGAUUUGCUUUUCCAAGAAUUGGGGACAUUGAAUACCACCCAAUGUGUUAGGCCCUUUUACUGUUAAUGCUAUUCUGCCAUAAAUCAUAUUUAUUGUUUGUCUGAGAAACAGAAUUUCUGUUGUACAGUAAAAAGUUCACAAGGUAUUUAUUGUAUAACUUCUACUUCUUAAGGAAUCAAACUUUGUUCCAUUUCCAAAGAGAAAAAAUGGAAAAGGUUUCCUAGCCCAUUUGAAAUUAAAGAUAAGCGACGUCUGCCGAGGCUUAGAUUACAUUAGCCUUAUGUUUCAUAAUAGAUGUCACCAGCUAGGACUCUGCUUGACAAUAUUUUAAGCACAACAGUUAGCAGCCUGGUUAAAACACACAAAUUUCAUUAUUUACACUAGGUUUGAAAAGUAGUUUGGCUUUUAGUUCACCCAAACAAGUCUAAAUUUUGUGUGGACCAAUCUGUAUUAAAUGUCAUACAGGGAGUUUCUCCCUCCUUCUCUUCUGGUGUUAAGGAAGCAAAGUAAAUUUCUCCAGCCCAAAAGCAAACAAAUGUUUUAUAAUUUCAAAACAAAAGCAUUGUAUGAAUUUAAUUUUUUCACAGGAUAUUUUCCUCAAAUUAACUGGGGAGUGGGGGGGUGUAUACAUCUAUAUAUAAAUAUGAAACGAUAUAUAGUUGGCUUGUUUAAUAUUAUGAAUCUAAUUUAUCAUUUUACUUGUUGCCUAAUUUAUUUUGUAACUCCUAGUUAUUAUGAAAAUGGUAAAAUACAUACAUGCUGUAUUAUUGCA